AGGCAGCCUCUCGGCCGUCAGCGCGUAUCUACGGCCGCGGUGUGCAAUAAUACAUCGUUCCGGCAUUCCUGGUUAAUACGUGUCCGUCCGUCACCCGUGCGUCCCCGUGUGUGUCCCCCUCGCCUGGUGUUGUGCUACCGCUUUGGCCGCUACGCGCACCGCAUUACAUUAACGAAAUCUAUAUGGAGAUUGUCCGCCGCGUCUCGCGCCUGGUGGGAUCUCCUCUCGUUCGUGCGUACGCGUAAAAGGUCGCCCGGCCGGUCGGCGCGGCCUCGCCGUUCCAGGGAACGGGGAAACGAACGAUGCCUCGGGGACGGCAGUUGCUCUGCCUUCUGGCGCUCGGCCUCCUCGCGCCGUCGGCCCGCGCCGACGAGCACAAUCACGUCUACGAGGAUGGCGACGAGGUCGUACUAUGGAUGAGCACCGUAGGGCCGUAUCACAAUCGUCAGGAGACGUACUCCUAUUAUUCCCUACCCUUUUGUACAGGUACCAAGAAUGUCAUCAAUCAUUACCACGAGACCCUGGCGGAGGCUCUGCAGGGCAUCGAGCUGAAGUUCAGCGGCUUAGAUAUCGAAUUCAAAGAGGAUAUCUCGAAGACAGAAUACUGCCAGAUAAGUUUAAACGAAGAAAGUCAAAAGGCGUUUGCGUACGCGAUAAAGAAUCAAUAUUGGUAUCAAAUGUACAUUGAUGAUUUGCCAAUAUGGGGUGUUGUGGGUGAGAUUGAAAAUAAUGACGGAGUUGCGGUGUCAGAUUCAUAUUACAUCUGGGCGCAUAAAAAGUUCGACAUCGGAUACAACGGCAAGCAAAUAGUGGACGUUAAUCUGACCAGUGACAACAGGGUGAAGCUGGUGCAAGGCGCGCGUAUACCUUUUAGCUAUGAAGUCAAUUGGAAGAAAAGUAAUGUCAAAUUUGAGGAUAGAUUCGACAAGUAUCUGGAUCCUAAUUUUUUUCAGCAUAGAAUACAUUGGUUUAGCAUCUUUAACAGCUUCAUGAUGGUGAUCUUCCUCGUCGGGCUCGUCACAAUGAUUUUGAUGCGCACUUUGAGAAAGGAUUAUGCUAGAUACAGCAGGGACGAGGAGAUGGACGAUAUGGAGAGGGAUUUGGGCGACGAGUACGGUUGGAAACAGAUACACGGAGACGUGUUUAGGCCUGCGAGCCACGCUAUGCUCUUCUCAGCGCUCAUAGGCGCAGGCUACCAGGUCACAGUGGUGGUGUUGAGCGUAAUCAUCUUCGCUAUCCUGGGCGAGCUUUACACGGAACGCGGUUCAAUGCUGUCAACGGCAAUAUUCGUGUACGCCGCCACGUCGCCCAUCAACGGUUACACGGGCGGCGGGCUGUACGCGCGGAUGGGCGGGCGCGUGUGGAUCAAGCAGAUGAUCCUAAGCGCUUUCAUGCUGCCGCUCAUGGUCUGCGGCACCGCCUUCUUCAUCAAUUUCAUCGCCAUGUAUUACCACGCCAGCAGGGCGAUACCUUUCGGAUCCAUGGUUGCGGUGACGUGUAUCUGCAUAUUUGUGAUAUUACCGCUGACGCUGGUAGGUACCAUUCUAGGCCGUAAUCUCGCCGGGACCCCGGACGCUCCGUGCCGCGUGAACGCAGUGCCGCGACCGAUACCCGAGAAGAAGUGGUUCAUGGAACCGCUGGUGAUCAUAAUGCUCGGCGGAAUCUUACCCUUCGGUUCGAUCUUCAUUGAGAUGUACUUCGUCUUUACCUCAUUCUGGGCGUACAAGAUCUACUACGUCUACGGUUUUAUGUUACUAGUAUUCCUUAUUCUCAAAAUAGUGACGGUAUGCGUCACCAUCGUAUGUACAUACUUCUUGCUGAACGCCGAAGACUAUCGAUGGCAAUGGACGAGCUUUCUUGCAGCGGCUUCGACGGCCGGUUACGUCUACAUUUAUUCCUUUUACUACUUCUUCUUCAAAACUAAAAUGUACGGUCUCUUCCAAACGGCGUUUUAUUUCGGCUACAUGGCACUGUUCAGCUUGGCCCUGGGGAUCAUGUGCGGCACGGUCGGAUAUAUUGGCACCAACGCGUUCGUGCGAAAGAUAUAUUCCACAGUCAAGAUAGACUAAGGAUCGUCGGCUAAAGUAUUCGCAUCGUAACGAUGUGUAAUUCCUAAGAACUACGCGCGCGCGCGACACUCGUUGCUGCUCUCGACGAGAUAAAGCGCAGAACUUUAUUUGUCCGAAGCAGAGCAACGAAGUCCGUCACGUCGCUCGGGAGUGCGAUUCUUGGUUUUUUUUUUUUUUCAGCUUUACCCAUCACCCGACUUAAUUGGUGUCCGCUCUAGAAGCGGCCGCGACGUGUGUUCUUCUCUUCAAUGUACUAUUACUCUUCCAAGGGACGCUUUCCAGUGGAACUCACGCCGUCGCGCGUCUACGCGUUAGAUAGUCGAACGACGUUCUCUCAUCUUCGCAUUCGUCCGUUUGUGUUUUCUUUCCGGUCGUUUCGCUAUUCGAGAGCAAGCAAAGAUACGCUGUAAACGGAUCCUACGAUACUAGUACACGCGCGCGUGUCGCAAAAUGCAGUCACCUGUCAAUAAUAAAAUAAUAAUUGUAAGUGUUAGAGCCGCGAAUCCUGUAUGAGAGUCCGAGCUAUUGUACGAGCAAAACGGUUUACCGCAAUCGUGCAAAUUGAACGUUGUUCUCAUACAUUUUUUUAUCCAAGUAUGCCGC